AUGGCGAGCCCCAUUCCACCGCCCAACCUCGGCAUCCAUCACCUCAAACUGCCCACCGCCUCCAUCCCCGCCAAACUCGACUUCUAUACCACGAUUCUUGGAUUCAAGUACCGCCCAGAGUUGGACCACAAACAUCCGGGCGCCGACCAGCCAUACGGCGUGUUGGUACAGCACCAAGCGACGUCUCUUCUUGUCGAGCUCCGUCUAAAUCCAACCCAAGCGACGGCGCAGCGUGGGUGGGACGCCAUAACGUGGCUUGUCGAAACACGUGCCGAUCUGGAGGAUCAGAAGACGUAUUUGGAGGCCAAGAACGUGGACUGCAGUCGUGUGCUGCGCGGUGUAGUUGGCUGGGUUCUGGUUGCUGAAGACCCUGAUGGACAAAUGGUGCGCUGGUAUUGCAAGGAAGAGCACGAGUUUGACCAGAACGUGGAUGUCGAUGAGCGAUGGCUUCCAAGCGAUUAA